GCCGGCCGGCCGGAACGGCGGCAACGAAUGGCCAUCAUGACCAAAUCGGCCUUGUUGCGCAAGAAGAUCCUGUCGAUCGUAGCCCCUGGUGGGCGCGCUUUGGGCUGUGCCGUGCUGGGCGCCACCCACGAGUGGCGCCGGCAGCCGGAGACCUUCUCAGACUGCAACUGGCCCAAGGCGUCGCACAGUUUGCACGGCAUCCAUCACCUGCCAGGAGGCACAGCGGCGCAUGACCGGCUUCUGCGCUGCGCCUCGGACAAGGAAACGUUGCACCCAUUGCUCGAGAGCAGCGAGUUCUACUCCUUCCCACGUUCGAAACGGUUCCCGGGCACCAAAGCCAACGGGGAGCUGGACCAAGAGGAGGUGCAGAAGCGGGCAGUGCCAGGGCCAGGUGCUUACAUGAAGUCGGUGCCUGGUGGCACCGCGUUCUCCACCGACGGAGGGGAGACAGUGGUGCUCGGUGCGAACCAUACCUAUCCAUGGAAGAAGGCCCUUGGCCGGCAGAUUAAUCCCAUUGAAGCGGACGCGACCACUCUGAGCUCAGCCCCGUGCUACACCUUCUCGAAGACCCGCAAAACGGUGUCAGACACCACUGCGGGCCAUGGGUUGCAGGAUGGGGGGCCUGUGAAGACAGACACUGGCUGCCUCUCCCCAGGCUUCGUCUACGAGAAGCACUCCACGAUGCGGCCCAUGUACGGCACCCGCACGCUGGAUGGUACUCAGUCCUGCGUCAGGAGGAAGAUUCGGCAACGGCUGUCCAACCAGAAGCCCCGGGUGAGGCGCAUCCCCAUGGAGGUGGCAAAAGAGGCUGAGUGAGCCUAUGGGUAGAAUCAUGCGUCUGUGAGCAACGGUCAUCUCUAGUAGUAAAGAGGCUGGCAGGG